AUGAACAAUAAUAACAAAAAAAAAUAAGCCAAGUUAUCAUGUUGUUAAAACUUUCUCUAGAAAAUAAACUGUUGCUUUAACAAAAAAUAAAAAUAAUAAACCCAACCUCUAAUCAUAAAUGAUAAAUAUAAUUCACCCUUUGCUUUAUAUGGUAUGCCAAAUUCUUUAUGUACAGCUAAAGUAACAUUACACAAUUUCCUACUAAAAAAAUAAGGAGAAAAAAUUAAAAACACUUCCAAAGAUAUACAUUAAAUAUUCAUUGAUAGAUAAUUACUCAAUCUUUCACAAUUAUAAGAACUGAUUCCUUAUAUUUUCCCUUAUAUGCAUGAAUUAAUAAUAACCCAUGAAUAAUUAAUAUCAGUUCUCCCAUAUUGUGUUACAUAAUAUUUAGCUAAACGAAUAACUUCAUUUACUAAACAAUUAAUAGUAGAUGCAAUAACUGGACCUGGAACAUUAUCCAUUGAAAUUGCUUAAUUAAAUGCAUCCUAAGUGGAUUCCUACUCCAUCGAUCAAAAUGACAAUGCCAAAUAUAAUAUUUAAUAAUUUCACUAUAACUCAACAUAAAGGUAGAACAUAUAUUAAAAUUCCUUUUUCGAUAGAUAAGAAACUGCAGAUGCAAUUAUUAUAUAAUAUUAAUUUCUCAAUUCUUUCCAACUUGAUUCAUAACUCCUAAACUACUUAAAAAAAGCAUUUUAACUUUCAGAAAAUAUAGUCAUUAUUUUACCAUCUAAAAUAUAGAUUAAUGAUUUUUGUUCUUUUUUGAGUCCAUUUUAACAUCAAAAUGAUCAUUGUUUUAGGUAAAUUGAAAUUUAGAAAAUUAAUGUUGGAGGUCUUCCAUUAUGUUAAAUUGUUUAUAUUGGAUUUAUAAAAGAUGAAGUAUAUAAUAUAUCAACUAUAGGAAAUCAUAAAUGAACAAUUAAUGAAUUGUUAUCUAAAAGAAUUAUUGUCAGAUCAACCUAAUCUUGAAGAUAUUUAAAUCUCUCAUUACUAAAAAUUACUACGUAAUGUUAUCACUGAAAUUGGAAUGUAGAAAACUAUGCUUUUAAUUGAAAAAACUUUAGCAACAAAAACACAAUUAGAUUUUAUUAUCAAUUUAUUUCUAUAAUAAAUUGCUUAACUAAAUAUUGUUUCAUUAGAAAAUAUCACUAAUUAAAUAGAAUGUUCAAUAAUGGAACAAACUCCUACACUGAAUCAUCCAUUAUUGAAUGCCAGCCAAUCUAGUUUAUCUAAAAAAUAAAGUUCUUUAAGAAUAAGUUCUGAUCUAUCAAAACCUUCAUUUCAAUAAAGCAAAUAUAAGAUUUUCAGUUUCCAAAAUAAAACAAUAGAAUGA